UACCCCGCAAGCCCACGGACGGGGUGAUGGGAACUAUUUCAACUGCGAGUUGGUGUAACUUAUGAAUUGGUGUCCGACAUCGAUUCCUUUUCCACCUUUUACGAGUAGGGGCUUCGAAUGAUGUCACAAGGUCGUGUCCUAAAUGCUGCCCUAAAUGGCACGGGAACGCGUAAUGCGGCGUGUGCCCGUCGUAGCCGAUGGCGCGUUUGUACUCGCUUUUUGUUGUUGGCUUUAGCGACCGAAGCUGCGAUGUCGAAGUAACUUGGGAAACACAUCACCAACAAUUUGUAGGGCAAGAAUGAGAUUCUCUAGUUCCGCUGGGCUUGAUGUUCUGCCUUGCGACUUGCCUUCAAAGGCAGACGUAGACGACAUUUGAGGUGGCAUGAACGAAGAGACACUCAUGCCGAACAAGUCUGCCAUUUCCCCCUCGGGAUCGAAGCGCCCUUGGCCCCGUCCUUUUAUCGAAGAACCGGUCGACAUACCUCAAGUAGAGCCAAAAGCAUCCAGAGCAUCAUGGUAUGCAAUGGGUCUUUUCGCUCUAUCCAUUGCUGGUUUUUCACUUCAAGUGGUUGUCGCCUCGAAGCUAUCAUGGGCCAGACCGAUUACCGUGCUAUGGGGUGCUGCGGCCUUGUACGCGAUCCUCUGUCGACCGAGGACAACGCCAAUACCCUUGUUCAUUGACUUCACAUGUGUUGCUGCCGCCGGAGUAAGUCUGCUUGCUUACCACUUCUCCGGAGAGAUGCUGGGCCGAGAUGCCAUCCUUACGAUCUCGAGCACCGCAUUGGCAGCCGUUGCCCUUGUUGUUGUCAUCAACAUGCCGCUUCGCGAUCCAGCUCUGAGUCGUGUCGAAAUCUGUCGUCCUUUCACAUUGCCGACGAACACUCUCCGCUCACCGGAAGAUAGUAUGACGUUGUUCCAGUGGAUGACAGUCUCCUGGCUGGCAUCUUUGAUCAAGGUCGGUAAUAAGAGGCAACUGCACGAUGAGGAUGUUUGGCUCCUCCCCUACGAGUUUCAACACCGACAUCUCCAUGACGCUUUCCGUGAACUGCACGGGACUGUUGUACGGCGUCUGCUGGUCGCAAACUGGAUUGACCUCGUCCUGCUGGCUGUUCUGGCCAUCUUGGAGCUAGCUGCAAACUACUCCGCUCCAGUCAUUCUGCAGAAGCUUCUCCAGGCAAUGGAACAUUUGCAGAGCGACAAACAAUCAGCAGUGACUUUUGCGUUGCUCAUACUCGUGGUACGAUUCAUCGCGGCCCAGAGUGCAGUCUUCAGUUUGUGGUUCCAAAGGCGUGCUUAUGAACGUUCUCGCGGUGAAAUGGUUACAAUGCUGUAUGAGAAGACUUUGAACCGGACGAUUCUAGGUGGCUUGCCACAGGAGGACGAAAAGGCCGUGAAGCCUACCGAAGAAGACGCAGACGGGGUCCCUCAUGUUGGUGACUCCGGCGCACUACCAGAGUCGGAGCAACUCCUCAGUGGUCAAAUCAGAACAUCACCCACCUUUGUCCGGCGCGCUCACGGAGUCCUUCGUCGAGCGCGGUCACUAUUCAAAAAGAACCGGAAACGCGACUUGAUCAAGAAAGAGCCAGCGUCCAUGGGCAAGAUACUCAACAUGAUGCGUAACGACGUUUACGAGGUCGCACAGCGUUUUUGGGAGGCACAGACCCUGAUCAACAAACCACUUGGGCUCAUUUUGUCUAUCGUCUUGAUUUGGCAGAUGCUCGGGUGGGCAAGCAUGGUCGGUGUUGCAGUGGUUGUGAUUUCCCAAGUGUUUAACUAUAUUAUAGCCCGAAUCCUGAUGAGCUGGGAGAGAAAGCGGCGACAGGCUACAGAUGUCAAGCUACAAAAGAUCUCUCAAUACGUCGAGGCUAUCAGGCAUUUGAGAUGGUACGGCUGGCAUUCCACCUGGCUUGACGGAGUGAUGUCAGCUCGACAGAAGGAGCUCAACCUGAAAAUUAUCACCAAUCUAUGGGGCAUUGCCAUCAGAUUCCUCAACUCUUUUGCUAGUGGACUAGUCCCAGUGGCCACCUUUUAUGCCUUCACGAUUGUUGCAGGGAAGCAAUUACGAAUCGAUAUUGCCUUUCCGGCUUUACAGCUUUUUGCACUCUUGCAGACGAAUAUCCGGGAACUUCCAGGCCUGAUCACUGUGUUGCUCAACGCAUCGGUUGCUGUAGGGCGUAUCGAGGAGUUUAUCGCAGAGCCUGACAAAAUAGACACCUCGGCCGACCAGGAAAGUGCCAAUGGCCGGCUGGCAUUGAGAGCUGCAUCGUUCUCGUGGCCUGGCCUUCCUGCGGCAACCCUUCGCAAUCUCUCCCUUUCGUUCCCGCCAGGAUUGACGGUCGUAUAUGGCCAGGUUGCAGCAGGCAAGACGGCAUUACUCCAGGCACUAUUGGGCGAACUUGAUCUUUGUGAAGGCGAGAUGUUGAGGCCGACACAGCCAAUGGGUUACUGCUCGCAAACGCCAUGGCUACAAAGCAUGAGUAUUCGUGAAAACAUAUUGUUCCACACUCCAUAUGAAGAUGUGCGAUACAAGAAAACUCUCGAGGCAUGUGCCCUUCUUCCUGAUCUCGCCACGUUCAAGCACGGCGAUCUGUCAAACAUUGGAGAGAACGGCAUCGGGCUGUCUGGCGGCCAGAAGUCGCGAGUAGCCCUCGCUCGGGCAGUCUACAGCCGAGCACAGAUACUCCUUCUCGACGACCCCCUGAGUGCCCUCGACCAGCAGACUGCAGAAUGGAUUGUCACAAAGUGUUUGUGCGGUAGUCUCAUGGAAGGGCGUGCUGUUGUAUUGGCAACGCACCGGACUGAUCUCUGUCAACAUGUGGCAUCACAAUUGAUAGAAAUCUCUCAUGGAACGGCAAUCCUACACGCAUGCGACGAUGAUUUGGCAACGUCAACUUCUGCGACGAUUGCGGAAGAGCAAGACUCAGCGCAAGAGCCAGACUCCGGAAGGGAUGUGGAUGAGACGGCCGCAGUACCUGAAAAAUUCGUGCAAGACGAACAUCGUGUCCAUGGUGGCGUCCAACUGGCCGUUUAUUGGCAAUAUAUCAAGGCCGGGACGCUGAAAUGGUGGUUUAUGGUGGUUAUAACUGCUGCUGUAUGCCGCAUCAACUACGUUGGCGAGAGCUGGUUCCUGAAAGAAUGGGGAGAAGCGUACAAUCGGGUGAAGGUGCACACUCUCACCCUUCAGAGCUUCAAUUCUGACGUCCACCUGCUUGAGAGUCCGAUCUCUGGACUUUUUGACCGGUUCCCAAAUCCUGCGGAUAACGUCAGACCCUGGCUACUCGGCUUCUUCGUGAUUGUUAUGGUGGAAACUUUUGCCUUGUUCCUUGCCCAAAUCUCGAUGCUUUUCGUCACAUAUACUGCAGCACGCCGCAUGUUCAAAGAUAUCAUGAGCCGGAUCAGCAACACGACCUUCCACUUUUACGACGUAACACCAGUCGGAAGGCUGAUGAAUCGCUUAACGUCCGACAUUGGCACCAUUGAUGGCAACAUUGCGGACCAGCUUCUGAUUGUGAUAUGGUACGCCAUUGCAUGGAUGUCGUCGAUGAUCGUGAUUGGGAGCGUCACCCCAGUCUUCUUGGUCUUUGCAAUUGCGUUGACGCUCGUCUUUGUGAUGAUCUUUUUACGGUUCUUGCCGACGUCACAAAGCUUGAGACGUCUCGAGAUGGUCUCCCUCAGCCCGCUCAUGUCCAACUUUGGGGCGCUGUUGAACGGCUUAAUGACUGUUCGGGCAUUUUGUGCACAACCCCAGUUCCAAGAACGCAACAUUGAAGUUACAGAUGCUUUCCAGAAGAUGGAUCAUUUCUACUGGAGUUUGCAGGCUUGGCUGAUGUACAGAUUCGACACUUUGUCCGCCGUAUCGACCUUUCUUCUAACACUUCUUGCCAUCUUUGCCAACUUGUCGGCCGGCCUCACUGCCUUUGUGCUCAUCGCGGCACAGAAGUUUGUCCAGUCGACUCAUGCAAUUUGCAAACAGUAUGGACAGCUGCAGCUUGAUUUCGUGUCCGUGGAACGAGUCGUCGAGCUGAUACAUAUCGAGCAAGAACCGGCGGGCUCUAUCAAGCCACCAGCAGCCUGGCCAACUUAUGGUGGUGAUAUUGUCUUCGAGAACGUGAGCAUACGUUACCAACCACAUCUUGAUCCGGCAGUUUCAGAUGUCUCGAUUCGAUUUCGAGGCGGAUCUACGAACGCAAUCAUGGGGAGAACCGGCUCCGGAAAAUCCACCUUGGCCCUUGCUCUCCUUGCAACUAUCACGCCCGAAUCUGGCCGCAUCCUCAUCGACGGCAUUGACAUCUCCAAGGUUGACAAGCAAGCUCUGAGGACCAGGAUCACAUUCCUUGCCCAAGACCCUAUCCUCUUCCCAGGGUCGUUGCGCCAUAAUCUUGAUCCACUGGAAGAGCAUUCUGACUAUGCUUGCGAGGCCGUUAUUUCGAGGGUGUGCGGCAAGUAUGGCUGGACGCUGCAUACUCAAAUCGAUAACAGUGGGCGAAACUUGAGUCAGGGACAAAGACAGCUCGUUGGAUUGGCGAGGGCUAUCCUGCGGAGGAGCGCGAUCGUCAUCAUGGACGAGGCAACAGCCAGUAUUGACAUGGACACUUCUGCGGAGAUCCAUCGCAUAUUGCGAGAGGAGUUGCAGGAAAGUACGAUCAUCACAAUCGCCCAUCGUGCUGCAGCGGUGGAGAAUGCCGAGUUCUGCGUAGAGUUGGCAGCCGGGCGAGUAUUAAGACAGGGCGCACCCGGUGAGAUAGGAGUGUAGGAGACCUCAUCACGGCAUUAUGGGAGGACAUGGACAUGAGAAACAACACGCUUUUUUGUAACCUAAAGAUAGACGGAGUGAAAGACUAGCUCUCAGACACUUUACCAAUUGCUCUGGAGCAUGGGAGGCAGGAGUACCACUGCCAUUGCCUGACGACCGCACCUCGCUCACCGUGUUUUCAAAGGCGAGCUCGGGUCUCCUUAGCCACGAUGGACGUGUUCAAGUAUCCAUGGUCGGUCUUUCUCUUCAUCCUUCAAUGCCCGAGUCUCACAUAAGACGUUGUUCGUUU